CCUAGCAGCUGGUGUACCUUUCUUCCAAACUUUUGUCCUUACACUCAGCUGUAAGCGUCGAAGGAACUGCCGACCAUGCGAGUGUUAGUGUUAUUUGCCGUGCUGUGCGUGUGGCCGCCGGUAGCGAGAGGAGCGGAGAAGAAGAAGCUGCAAAUCGGCAUUAAGAAGCGCGUGGACAACUGUCCAAUCAAAUCGCGCAAAGGCGACGUGCUGAACAUGCACUACACCGGCCGGCUGGAGGACGGCACCGAGUUCGACAGCAGCAUUCCGCGGGACAAACCGUUCACCUUCACUCUGGGCACCGGGCAGGUGAUCAAAGGCUGGGACCAGGGCCUGCUGGGCAUGUGCGAGGGCGAGAAGAGGAAGCUGGUCAUCCCCGCCGAGCUCGGCUACGGCGACCGCGGAGCUCCUCCCAAAAUCCCCGGAGGAGCCACACUUAUCUUCGAGGUGGAGCUGCUCAGCAUCGAGCGGAGAUCCGAGCUUUGAUGGACGUGUUCAACCCGAUUUGAGGAAGUGCUACAAGUUUGAGCAGAGGAUGUCUUCUGUCCCCUGAAGAGAAUGCUGGAAAUUUGUGAAUGAAGUCAAACAUCCAGGCAAAACCAUUGUGCUGCUUUGACUUUUCAGUUUUGAUUUAUUAGGUCGACACGAUCAUGAAAGUUUAUCUUCUGUUUUUCCUUCUUAAGUACCUUUUAAAUAAUUGAGCAGUCAAUUGUUUGAGCGGGGUUCUGAUGAUGUCAUCUGUCGAAUCAUUUUAUUUUUGUCAAUUUAUGUAAACGAGUUAAAACUGGGUUAUUUUUUGUUUUUUAGUCAGCAGUUAGGUUUGAUUUAUAAUAAAGUUCCAACUUGUG